UAUAUAUUGUAAAAAUUUCUGGAAAUAAUAAGAUAUAGUAUAAAUGAUAAUGAUGUCUAGAGAAUUGUUUUUUACAUUAUUUUUUAUAAAUGUUUACGUUGCAUCUUGUGAAGAUAUUGAUAUUGACAGAAAUGGAUACAUUAUUUACUGUCCUUGCAUGGGACGUUUUGGCAAUCAAGCAGAUCAUUUUUUAGGAGCUUUAGGAUUUGCCAAGUCCUUGAAUCGCACCUUGGUAUUACCACCAUGGGUUGAAUAUCGUACAGGAGAAUUAAGAUCUAUACAGGUAUCCUUUGAUACUUAUUUUAAUGUUUCACAAGUACAGAGCUAUCACAAAGCUUUAUUAAUGGAAGAUUUUAUGAGAGACAUUGCACCAAGGAUAUGGCCUCCUGAGGAAAGAGUAUCUUUCUGUUAUUCCCCUCGUGGUAAAGAAGGAGAUUCCUGCAAAGCAAAAGAAGGAAAUCCAUUUGGACCUUUUUGGGAUACAUAUAAUAUAGAUUUUAUCAAGUCAGAAUUUUAUGGUCCACUUCAUUAUGAAAUGUAUCACACUGAUAUGAAAAUGCAGUGGCGCAAACAGUAUCCAGCUGCAAAUUGGCCAGUAAUGGCAUUUACAGGUGCUCCUGCUAGUUUCCCAGUGCAAUUUGAAAACAAGAAAUUGCAUGCAUGUCUCAAUUGGAACAAUGAUAUACUAGAUAAAACAAAAGUUUUCAUAAAGAAAACAUUACCAAAAGGUGCAUUUGUGGGUAUACAUCUGAGGAAUGGUUUUGAUUGGGUACGCGCCUGUGAAUUUAUUUCGACUACACCUAAUCUCUUCGCUGCUCCUCAGUGCCUUGGAUAUCGUAAUGAACGCGGCAAGGCAACAUCAUCCAUGUGUCUACCGUCGUUUGAAUUAAUAGUACGUCAUUUGAAACGCGUCAUUCGCAAUGGCAACGAUGUGAAAUCGGUGUUUGUAGCAUCCGACGGAAAUCAUACGCUGAACGAACUCGGAAAAGCCUUAGCACGUAUGAAGAUACCAGUAUUUCGUCAAGAACCACCAGCGUCACCUCAUUUGGAUCUAGCGAUUCUCGGACGAGCGAAUUACUUCAUAGGAAAUUGUAUUUCUUCUUUUUCAGCUUUUGUGGCUAGAGAAAGAGAAAUCAAAGGAUUCCCAACUUUCUUCUGGGGUUUCCCCAACGAGAGAUCUUCCAUGAUCCAUGAGGAAUUGUAAUAUGGUAUUUCGUUCGUGUUAAGCACGAGUGACUGAAGAUUUUUUAAUAAAUAGUGUGAUAACUUUCUAAUAUAACAUAUAUAUUUAUGAAUUAGUAAUUUAACAUAUAUAACGUAUACAUGAUCAUGAUUAAAAAUUGUACAAUUAAAUCUUAUACAAAACACA